CGUGGGAGAGGUCGCGGCCCCGCCUCUCCCCUCCUCCCCCUACACACGGAAGCUCCUUGGCCCCCGUGCCAGGAUGUCCGACACCUGGGUCCCCGGCCUCGUACCCACCUUGCUGCUCGGCCUGCUGGCCGGCCCCCAACAGGCUGCAGCCAAAUGUGGACUCUUCUUCACCUGCCCCAAAGGAUUCAAAUGCUGUGGUGACAACUGCUGCCAAGAAUAUGAGCUCUUCUCGGGUCCCCUGAGGAUCUUCGUCAUCACCCUCCUCAUCAUCCUACCCCUUUUGUGCAUCUGCUGCCUGGCUAAGCGGUUCUGUCGCAGCUGUGGAGAUCAGGAGCAGGACCCCCCAGUGGAUCACCAGGGGCCCCCGGAGCCGCCCUCCAUUGCCCCCCCAGAGAGGGUCAGGACGCCCACCUCUGAGCCCCCGCCCCCCUACAGCGAGAUUAUUCUGAAGCCUGUCCUGCCCCCCACGGAGCCGCCCCCUCCCUACAGCUUCAGUCCUGAAGAAUAUGCUGGGAUGCACCGACAGCCGAGGGGCAUCGAUAACCCAGCCUUCUGAGCCCCCACCUGCCUGCAACUUCAGUGUCAGCCCCUCCUCUCCAACGCCGCCUCCAUUAAGCCAGAGACUUGGGACCCCUGUGAUGCCCCCACCCAUCCUGCCAUGUCUCGGGCUGUUCUUGGUUUUAACUUAUUGCUUUUCCUGUCCCGGUUCCACCCCAGCUGCUCUCGUCCUGAGAGCUGGUCUGGAGGGUCAGCGUCCCCCCCACCCCCACCCCAUCCACGUCAGAGGCUGCCAGGAGGAACAUGUCAACACCCGAGGUGCCUGACGGUGGAAUGGGCUGCUCUGAGAACCCUGUUUCUAUGGGGUAUACACAUCUUGACUGGACAGCCAGCUCCGAGAUAUUCUAGAGGACACUCCUGUUCCGUGGGAGAUUGGACUGCAUGGGCUCUGAGGUCUACCUGAAUAGAGAAGACCCCAUUGUACCCCCCCCAACAUGUGUCCUCAC